AUGCAGAUCCAAGCUUCCGCAGAAAAAUCAUUAGCAACGGCAGAACAUCUAGAGAUGUGCGAUACAGGGGGAUCCUUGUUACCAUCAACAGGAGUUUCAUAUGAACAAGCGGAAGUGGACAGAAUUGUACGCAAAGUUGAUAUUCGGCUGUGUGUUGUUCUUGCAAUCAUGUACACUAUCUGCCAAAUCGACCGAACCAACUUGGCCAAUGCUGUUGUUGCUGGGAUGGGGAAGGACAUCGAUCUCUCUGGCACUCAUUAUCCUCUCAUGACAGUUGUUGCCCGCAAGAUUGGACCAAGGGUAUUCCUUAGUGCAAUUACAAUUGCAUGGGGCAUUAUUAUGAUUGGAUUCGGUCUUGUGCACACCUGGCAGCCGUAUAUUGGACUGCGAGCCGCACUAGGAUUUCUUGAAGCCGGAUUCUUCCCGACCUGCAUCUUCCUCAUCAGCACAUGGUACACAAGACAUGAAACGGCAAAACGAAUUGCGAUAUUUUACCUUCUUGGUAGCGCGUUGAGUGGACUCGGAGGGAUUAUCGCUUAUGGACUACAGCAAAUGCAUGGCCUCGUUGGAAUGGCCGGCUGGCGGUGGAUUUUCAUUAUAGAGGGUAUCUUGACGGUGGUUAUCGGACUAAUUGGGUGGCUUUUUAUCGUUGGGUUUCCUGAGGAUGCACAACAAACGCGUUGGUUUUUGACCGACGGAGAAAUCGAUAUCAUGAUGGAUCGGGUUGAGAAAGACCGCGGUGAUUCUCAUGUCACACCAUUUAUCCUUAAGAGGUAUCUAAGUCAUGCUCUGGAGUGGAAAAGCUGGAUGUUCGCUCUGAAUUUCUGCAUGACAACAGUAGUUAACUACUCCGCGGUAUAUUUUUUACCAAUUAUUUUGAACGAAGGCCUUGGAUUUUCCCAGGCUGCGGCACAAAGUCUGAGUGCCCCUUGUUAUAUCUUUGGCAGCAUUCUCGGGUUUGCAGAGAGUUGGCUGUCUGAUAAAUACAAAGCAAGAGGCAUAGUUAUUGUUAUCAAUGCGAUUUUGCAAAUCGUUGGUAUAUCUGUAUUGGGCUUUGCAAAACAGAGCCCUGUACGUUAUUUUGGGGCAUUCAUGCUUGUCGGAAGCGGUAGUGCAAAUAUUCCAGCCUCUCUGACCUACCAAUCCAACAAUAUAGUUGGCCAAUGGCGGCGAGCCUUUGGGUCGGCCCUGGUUAUUGGAGCUGGUGGUGUGGGAGGAGUGGUUGGAAGUCUUGUCUUUCGCAACCAAGACAAGCCAAACUACGGGUCGGUUGAGUGA